UUCGGGGUCAAACCCUAUUUUAUUCUUCCAGGUUUCAGAUUCCUUAUGCCGUCCUUGGAAAGCGUUAAAUUUACAGAAGAAAAUGGCAACGUUUCACAUGUUUUGACGCCAAAUAAUGAGGAUGCUAGUACUUCCACUUUUGUUGAUUCUACCCCUAUACAAGAUGAAUCUUUUAGCAAGAAUCUUCCAAUUUGUGAUUCAGAUGCUUCUUUUCCUUGUGUUACAUUGAAACAAGAACGGUUGCAUUGUAUUUACAGAGAAUAUGAUGCUGUUGUCAAAAACUUUAUUGAAGGUGUUUAUGUCACACCUGGUGCUGAAUCCCCACUCGUUUGGUUUGGACUUUUAGUUGUUCGAACAGGAAUAUUUUAUGGAGGAUUAUUUCGUUUUACAAUAACAAUUCCUGAAGAAUUUCCUGACACAAAUGAAAUUCCGAUUGUUCAAUUUGAAGAAUCCUUGUUCCAUCCACUUAUUAAUCCAAAAAACAAUUGUGUGGAUUUAACCAGAUUUUUUCCUAGUGGUUGGCAAAGAGACAGAAAUCAUAUUUAUCAAGUUAUUACAGCAACUCAGGGAAUAUUCUUCCGCUGUCAAUGUGAACCUUCCCAAGCUGCAAACCCUGAAGCUUCCAUUUUAUUAAAAGAAAAUAGGUCAAAAUUUGUUCAAUUAGCUCAUAAUGCUGUUAGAAGAAGUCGAACUCAAAUUUAUGCAUUGCCUUCCUCUGAUGAUCAAAAUGCUAUAAGGUUUUUUUUUAUUUUUUGGGGAGUUUUCAGUGAGAUUGUUAAUGACACGUUUUUUAUUAACAUAGGCUGGGAAAAAUUCUUUCUUUGGUUUUCUGGUUGUAGGUUGCUUUGGUUUCCCUCGUAAAAGAACCAUUUUAUUUGGUUCCUUGGUUUAAAUCUUGGCCGUCGUUGGAUAAUUUUGUUUGUUCCUUCGUUAUAGGAACUAUUUUUCGUUGUUUUCUCUUUUAAUGUUUUGGGAUGAUCGGUAUCUUUUGGGUUUCCGUUGAGGGGUUGGUCGAUUCCUUCUUUCAAUUUUUAGGAGGUCCUUCAGUCUUUUUCUCUGAUGAUUUUUCCAUCAUGAUUUCUUUAAAUCUUUUAAAAUCCCAGAUGAAGCCUUUCAAUAAUC